GAUCAUUGUUGGCCCACACUCUGUGCAACCCAUCGACGAUAUCCAAGGGUGCUGGUCUUUUCUGUCAUCUCAUCACAAAGCAAUCGUCUUGUAAGGGGCGCUUAUGUUAAGUCUCGGACUCUCUGCGACAGUCUAUUGCGUUUUGCAACUGGAAUAGUCAAUAACGCAGCGAGAGGAGACCAUUGGAGAUUACAGCAGCGCUGCAGCCAUGGAGAAGAUGCAGAUGCGCCAGCAGUUGUUGCUUGACCACCUGAAGCCCGAGACCGGACGGAGGGCGGCUGCCAACGUCGUGACGUCAAUUUGUUCCGCCAACGACAGUGCACCUUAUGCACGAACCACUGACUUCCUUGACGAUGUCGUCAUUGUGGCUGCGUAUCGCACGCCGAUUUGCAAAGCAAAGAGGGGAGGUUUCAAGGACACUUAUCCAGAUGACCUCUUGGCACCCGUUCUCAGGGCUGUCGUUGAGAAGACCGGCGUAAAUCCUGCAGAGAUUGGGGACAUUGUGAUUGGUACCGUCCUCGCUCCGGGUGCACAGCGUGCUAAUGAAUGCCGGAUGGCUGCGUUUUACGCUGGUUUUCCAGAAACUGUACCGAUUAGAACUGUGAAUAGACAAUGCUCAUCUGGAUUGCAAGCCGUUGCAGACGUAGUGGCAGCAAUCAAAGCAGGUUUCUAUGAUAUCGGUAUUGGAGGUGGAUUGGAGUCGAUGACUGUCAAUCCCAUGGCUUGGGAAGGCGCCGUUAACCCAAAGGUGGAGGCCGAUCAAAGAGCUCAAGAUUGUCUACUUCCUAUGGGUAUCACUUCCGAGAACGUUGCGGAACGCUAUGGAGUUGAUCGCAGACAGCAAGAUGAAGCAGCAGUCAAAUCGCAUGCAAAGGCGGCAGCUGCCAGGGCUUCUGGCAGAUUCAAAGAUGAAAUAAUUCCUGUGCACACCAAGAUUGUUGAUCCUAAAACUGGAGAGGAGAAGCAAGUAGUCAUCUCCGAGGAUGACGGUAUUCGGCCUGGGACAUCCCUUGCUGACUUGUCGAAGUUGAAGACCGUCUUUAAGAAAUCUGGCACCACCACUGCAGGGAACUCUUCACAAGUGAGCGAUGGAGCAGGAGCUGUACUGCUCAUGAAACGCAAGACUGCUUUGGAGAGGAACUUGCCUAUUCUUGGUGUUUUCAGGAGCUUUGCUGCUGUAGGUGUGGAUCCAGCUGUUAUGGGCAUCGGUCCUGCUGUUGCCAUUCCUGCUGCUAUCAAGGCAGCUGGCUUGGAGAUCAACGACAUUGAUCUUUUUGAAAUUAACGAGGCGUUUGCAUCACAGUUCACAUACUGUGCUCAAGAGUUGGGACUAGAUGAGGAGAAAAUCAAUGUGAAUGGAGGUGCUAUAGCUCUUGGCCAUCCUCUUGGUGCCACAGGUGCGCGAUGCACAGCAACACUCCUGCACGAGAUGAAGAAGCGAGGCAAGGAUUGCCGGUUUGGUGUAAUAUCGAUGUGUAUUGGAUCUGGUAUGGGAGCCGCCGCAGUAUUUGAGCAGGGCGGUGCAAUUGAUCCGCUUAGCAAUGUCCGGGCCGUCGGACAAAACAACCUACUUUCGAGAGAUGCGAAGUAGACAGUUACGUGGACGCAUACAAGCUUCGAGAAAUCUGUUAAAUAGAUUCCUAUAGAACGCGCAAUGUGUUCAGUUUUCCAAAAUCCUGACAUCAGUUGUAGGUUUGAUUUCGCUAUAGAAUAUCUUUGGACAGUUCUAACAAAACUAAGCGAUAUUCGCUUCCGAAUCAAGUCUUAGUGCUAAUAUACACAUAUUAGAUGCUUUGGAACUUACAUUUGAGAAAUAACCGUGUCAGAAUAUUUAUUCAUGAAGAGAACAUUCCCUAUCAAGCCUUUCACUCUGAAAAUACUGAAAAACAUUCUUGAGAUGGAAGCGCAUUUCUCGAUGAAAAUAACUGAUUACAGGAAUAUUCAAUUAA